AUGGCCUCUAGAGACAGUCAAGCCCAGAAACUCCGUGAACUGAACGCUGAAGUCACCAUGGCCCAUGAGCUAGAAAGAAGGCUGCACACAUUCAGCAUGUUUGGGAUGCCCCGCCUGCCACCAGAGGACCGGAGACACUGGGAGAUAGGAGAGGGAGGUGAUGGUGCCCUGACCAUGGAAAAGUCCUGGAAGGAGCUGGUGCUGGAACACAAGGAGAUGAACCGCCAGCUUUGCCACCAGCAGGAAGCACUGUGGGAACUCCUGACCACUGAGUUGAUCUACCUGAGAAAGCUCAAGAUCAUGACUGAUCUCUUGGCAGCUGGUCUGCUGAAUUUGCAGCGGGUGGGGCUGCUGACUGAGGUGUCGGCUGAGACCCUGUUUGGAAAUGUCCCCAACCUGAUUAGAGCCCACCGGAGAUUUUGGGAGGAGGUGCUGCAGCCCAUCCUGGAAGACACUCGCACUUCUGGCCAACCUUUGGAUCCUGUCAGCUUACAAAAUGGCUUCCUGACAACCACUCUGCAGAAGCUGAAGGGUGAGCAGUUCAUUCAACAGAAGAGGGAGCUGCUGGCCCUCUAUCGCAACCAGGGCACGGAGUCCCCCAGCACCAGGCCCUCCACACCUUCGCCUUCNCCGGAGGACUCCCAGAGCAGUGCCGAGGGGAGGACUUUAGAGUUCGCCAUCAUCCCCAGCCUGGUGGUGACUGAGGAUACAGAUGAAGACACGCCCUCCAUGCCGGAUGACGCCUCAGACUCUGGNUACGGCACCUUGAUUCCAAGCUCCCUGAAGGAUUCUCAUUCCCCCCUGAACAGACUUCGGUCCAAGGCUCUUCGUAGGGACCCUCGCCUCACCUUCUCCACCCUGGAACUCAGAGACGUUCCCUUGCGCCCCCAGCCUCCCGACCCCCAAGCUCCCCAGCGGCGAAGCGCCCCGGAGUUGCCAGAAGGGAUCCUAAGAGGAGGCAGUCUACCCAGGAGAGCCCCACCAAUCUGGUCGGAGGAGGAAGACGAGACUUUGACACCAGGGAAUGUGGUGGUAGAAACCCUACACAGGGCGCAACGUCGGAGUCCGCUCCCCCACUCUCCCACCCAUACUGACUCUGCUGGGGAAAGCCCCUGGGAGUCCUCAGAUGAAGAUGAGGNACUUCUAUCCCCUGGACUCAGCCCCCGUUCCCUACGGGAGGACAUGCUCAGGGAGAUCNGGGAGGAGCUGGCCAACCAAAGGAUCGAUGGAGCCUCGGAANCGGAACCAGGGAAUGGCAAGCCCCGGNGGCUGACUCUAGCCCAGCUGCAGAGAAUGAGGGUCCCCCACAUCAUACAGCUGGACACGCCCCUGUCUACAUCAGAAGUAUAAGGAAUGCUGAGGCCCUUUGAUACACCUCUUAGAGAAAUUGUCUCCCUAAGAGUGNUGGCCACCACCUCCCCCGGACUCUACCUCAAGGAUCCAUCUCAAACCAAGCCUGACCCAGGCAUCACCUCUGAGGACCCUGGAGGUCAAGAACUGAACAUUUUGUCUCACAGACGAACCCCUGAGCCCCACAUAAAAGUGCCCAGAAACAUG